AUGGCUGGACGUGAAGACAGCACACGUGGAAAAGGACGCGGUCGGAAGGGUCGCAACCCCGGGUUACGCCAGUCGCUGCGUGCUCAGGGGUUGCUGCCGGAGGAGCAACCGUCCCUGGAGGAAGUAGAGAAGGCUGCCCGGGAACGGAAUACUGCGAAGCGAAAGGCAGCCGCUGAGAAGAAGGAGAAGGAGUCGUCGGGAGCUCAAGAUCGAGACACCCCGGAUUCCGACGUCCCGAAUGCGCACCAUGCAGUUCCGGAUGCCGUCGCCCCGGAUGUCGAAGAGAAGACCCCGAGUGACUCCGCGAGGAGCUCACACUCAAAUGCGAGUGUGGAGUUCGUGGGUGUGUCCGCCCCGGAUGUACCCACACAGGCGUCAGUGGGAGGCGCCGUCAAGGUUAAGUGCCCGGCUGAAGGUGGUCCUUCGGGAUCCCUGAAGCCGAGAUCGGACGUGAUCGUCUUGGAUGACUCGGAAGGUGAAGCUGAGGUUUCGCCCAAAAUGGUCGCACCGGAUGUCACGCCGACGAUCAAGGAGGAGGGGCCGUUGUCGACGGUUAAGGAGGAAGCAGCUCAGGGGGACACCAUCGAGCCUUCGAGUUUGCAACCCGAAUUGCAGUCGACCAGGCAGGUCCUUCCAGCAAGUGGCCCAAGUUCGCUUGGAACCCCGCCGUCACCGACAUCCCGAAUGACGGAUGCCAUUGACUUGACGGCGGAUGAAGAUCUGGACGGGCGUGUACCCUGGAAUUCCGAAGUGUCAUCCAGGAUGUACGUCGAGGAACAAGUCCGACGCUGGGAGCGUGCGCAGUCCGAGUACGUGUCGUCUCCGACGGUGCGUUACGAGUGGCCGAGCCCUGGACCCAACUUCCAGGCUUGGUACGUCACGGCAAACGCGACCUCCGAGUACAUUGCAACCCGGAUGUCGAUGGCCCGCCCGAGCGACGUUUGGAUUUCUGAGUGGAACCUGGUGCGGUUGUCCCCGAAUGCCGUUGACGAUGACCUGUUCGCCCUGAGUGUCGAGAUGGACACGCUGUCCGCGGUCGAGUGCGUUGCGCUCCUGCAGACACUGUUCUUCGAGGCCGGUUUCAGGUUUCGCAACCUGAUUCCAGGAUGGUCUCAGACUCGGACGUCCAGAUUGAACCCGGAAGUGGUGUUGGGAGUCGCUCAGGACCUUCAACGCUUGCUCGCUCUGGAACUCCUGAAUUGGCGUGACAUUUCUUCAGAGGUUCCAUCGCAAAUUGUUCUUGCACCUGGACUGAACGUUCCGAAACUCGAUGCUGAGGAAGCCAAUGCGGAAGACAUCACGGCUGAAGACCGGGAAGGUGAUCUAUUAAUGUCUGAUUACCAGGCCGGCGUCCUUGGCCCUGAAUGUCUGCGGCGUCUGGAAGGCAUUGCCGGACUGUUCCGAGCCCUGUUGGUUCGUCGCUUGGAGAACCGGACUUGA